AUGAUCUCGCUGGACUUCAAUUUCAACAUUUUGACAAGAGAUCUGUCGCAUUAUUUGGAAAAUCAAGUGAAAGUUGGACUGUUCGGCUCUGGAGUCGGGCUGUCUCUGGUGCUGGGCUUUAGCGCAGCGUACACCUGCUACUAUUUGCUCUCGGUAGCGAAGAAGCCACAGCUCAUCUCAGGGGGUAAGAAGUUCUACCAGUUUCUGAGGGAGCAAUGUCCGGUAGUGUCAGAGACCUACUACCCCACCUUCUGGUGCUGGGAAAGCCGCAUCCAGACAUUGCUGAGACCCUUUGUCACAGCCAAACCAGGGGUCAUCUACAGAAAUGAGCUUAUUAAGGCAGCAGAUGGAGGACAGAUCUCUUUGGAUUGGUUUGACAACGAUGACAGCCUCUCUCAUCCCGAACCUGCCACCAGGCCCACAGUCCUCCUUCUCCCCGGUCUGACCGGCACCAGCCGAGAGUCCUACAUCCUGCACAUGGUCCAACAGAGCCGGGAUCUGGGCUAUAGAUGUGUGGUAUUCAACAACAGAGGGGUUUCCGGUGAAACGCUACUGACACCUCGGACCUACUGUGCUGCUAACACAGAGGAUCUGGAGACUGUUAUGAAGCACAUCCAGAUGACCAAUGAAGCUGCUCCCAUCAUGGCUGCUGGAGUAUCCAUGGGCGGGAUGAUGUUGGCCAACUACUUGGGGCGCAAGGGCCGGGAAACCUGCCUGAAAGGGGUCGUAGUCUUCUCAGCAGGCUGGGAUGUAUUUGAGUGCACGGCUUCACUGGAAAAACCCCUCGACCGUUUCCUCUUCAACUCCUACCUCACCAGCUGCCUACAAGCUUCUGUGCACAGACACAGGCCAGUGCUCGAAAAGUGUUACGACAUUGAUCAUGUCAUGAAGGCAAAGACCAUUCGAGAGUUUGACGAGAGGUUCACCUCCAUAAUGUUCGGCUACCCUACCAAUGAUGACUAUUACCAUGAUGCCAGUCCUGUCCACAGGCUGAAAUCUGUGCAGGUGCCAAUGCUGUGUCUGAAUGCUGCAGAUGAUGUCUUUUCCCCGUCCCAUGCCAUUCCAGUAGAGGCUGUGAAGCAGAAUCCCAACCUAGCCCUGCUCAUCACCUGUCACGGUGGCCAUAUUGGUUUUCUGGAGGGCCUGUGGCCUCGACAGAGCACCUACAUGGACCGAGUCUUCAAGCAGUUUGCGCAGGCAGUCAUUGAACAGGGCAGCCGACUCGAUGACCUCUCCUGA